AUGCAAACACAGAGUCGCGAGGCAAGAGAUGAUGAAGAAGACAAUGAAGAGACGGUAAAAGCACAAGAUCCACAAAGACCACGAAUGGAGACACGUCGAACGGGCACAAAUCAAGAAAGAGAUCAAAGGAAUCUUGCUGCUAGAUUAUUUAGGAAUGUUAUGAUUCCAAAAAAGAAAACGAUUUCAAUAUCAAUGAAGAAUACAUUGCUAUGGAAUCCAUCACCGGAUCCGGACAAUCCAAACCAUGCCUUUUUCGAAAACAUAAUUCCAUUUCUUAAUCGACUAUCACAAUUAUACGUGAUUUAUCUCGUUUGUCCAGUUUCAAGCAUACAGGAAAAAGAACAAAUCCUCACACUACUUCGAAACGCACAACAAUUUAGCAAUGAUGUCAUUGAUGAACGAAGGGUUUUGUUUUGUGAAACGGAAGAAGGGAAAAUUCAUAUAAUCAGACAUCUUGAGACAAAUGUCCACGUUGAAGGAGGUAUGAACGGAGAAGAAUGCGUAGAAAUGGUCAGAAGUUUUGUAGACAAUGUUAUUUGGUUAUUGCAUGGAGACAACAUAAGAAACGGAACAUUAGCAGAAAGUAGCGAGAUAAAAUCAAAUAUUGACAGAAGUCAAUGGACCAAUGUCGAAGUCAGUCAGAACCUUUGGACAAGCAGUUUGAGUCAUGAAUAG